CUCGGUAACACUUCUCAACUCUUCGCUUUCCUAAAUUCUUUUGUAUCUUCACAUCCCCAACUACUGUGGCAUUCAUCCUCAGCAAUAUGACGUCUCAAGAACCCUCGGUCAACCUUUAUACCACACAGACGCCUAAUGGCAUCAAAAUCUCCAUCACCUUAGAGGAGCUUGGUGUCCCCUACAAGACCCACAAGAUCGACAUAAGCAAGAACACGCAGAAGGAGCCCUGGUUCCUCGCUAUCAACCCCAAUGGUCGUAUCCCGGCUCUCACUGAUACCUUCACCGAUGGACAGACAAUCAAUCUCUUCGAGUCUGGGAGCAUCAUGCAGUAUCUGGUCGACCGAUAUGAUACGGAGUACAAGAUCAGCUACCCAAAGGGCACGAGGGAGUGGUACGAGAUGAAUAACUGGCUCUUCUAUCAAAAUGCCGGGGUUGGACCAAUGCAAGGACAAGCCAACCAUUUCACUCGCUACGCUCCCGAGCACAUCGAGUAUGGUGUAAACCGCUACCAGAACGAAACACGCCGUCUGUACUCCGUCCUUGAAAAGCACCUGGCUUCUGACAGCAGACCCUACCUGACUGGUCAAAAGUGCACCAUUGCCGACAUCGCGCACUAUGGGUGGGUCGCGGCUGCAGGCUGGGCCGGUGUCGAGAUCGACGACUAUCCUGCGCUGAAGGCCUGGGAAGAACGCAUGACCGAGCGCCCAGGCGUAGAGAAAGGCCGACAUGUUCCCGAUCCACACACGAUCAAAGAGUUGCUCAAGGACAAGGCUAAGAUGGAGUUAAAAGCAGCUGAGGCUCGUGAGUGGGUACAAGCUGGCAUGAAGCAGGACGCCGAAAAGUCUGGAAAGCUGUAGAGAAAAUGGACACAUUUGCCAUUUGGAAAUCUUUGACCUUUGCUGUGCAUUACACACAAGAUCUACUUUGUUAACAUGUGCAAAAGCUCGAGUGUAUGGUGAUACUACGGUCGUCUUUUCCAAAAAGUUUGUUAGCCAUGGUGACUCUCCACAGCGACUGUUGUUGAAACCUCCACAGAGAUAGUUUGCUGUUCAACUCUGAACUAUUCAAACUACAGUUAAUUCGUAUUGUUACUUGUAAAGACUAG